AUGCAAGUAGAAGGGCCUGACACUAACUUCGUGAGUGAUUUGGCUUUGGGAUCAAAGAAAAGAAGGUUAUCCAAGACUUCUGUACAAGAGGAUGAUCAUACAAAUGUGGUAUCGGAAGUGAAUAAGAAUAAGAAGAAAAAAAAGGCAAAGCCUAUGACAUGCACAUUGCUAAAGUCUGUGGUUGAAAAAGGUAUUGGUAUAAAGGAUGUAAGAGACAUGACUCAAUACUUGUUGCAGGCUGAAAACAACUCUCCCAAAUGGAUUGAUAUUUGUAACAGGUCAAGUUUACAGAAAAUGAUAGUUCUGUUCAUUCCAGGUUUACAACCAGAUGAUUUUGAGAACGGAAAAAAUACCUUUAAUGAAAUCAGUGAUGAUAACUUCAAAUAUAUUCCUGGAGAAAUUGCCUCCACGUUUCAUACAUUUCCCGUGAUGGCACCUGGUUCCAAGAUGACGCUCUUUUCGCCCUACAAUUCAUUUAUUAAUGUUGGAUUGUCCAAAAUGGAGAAAAUAAAUAAAUUGAAAGAGUUACAAAAGAAGAAGAAAAUUACUAUUAACGAUUUGGUUCUAUCCGAACAACAGUUAGUGGCAAACGAUUACCCACUGGAUUCUGGAGACACCAAUUUUGAUACAGACUGGGUACAAACUGUUGACUUUACCCAUGGUGGCUCCCACAUCUUUGCACUAGACUGUGAAAUGUGUCUUUCCGAACAAGGUUUAGUUCUAACUAGGAUUUCUCUAGUGAAUUUUGACAAUGAAGUUAUCUAUGAAGAGUUGGUGAAACCUGAUGUCCCCAUAGUGGACUAUUUGACACGUUACAGUGGUAUAACUGAAGAGAAACUAACUGUUGGUGCCAAGAAAACAUUGCGAGAAGUACAAAAAGAUUUACUAAAGAUAAUAAGUCGUUCAGAUAUUUUGAUAGGACAUUCGCUACAGAAUGAUUUGAAAGUCAUGAAAUUGAAACAUCCAUUGGUCGUGGAUACAGCUAUUAUAUACCAUCAUAAAGCUGGCGAUCCUUUCAAGCCAAGUUUAAAAUACUUGAGCGAAACCUUUCUGAAUAAAAGCAUUCAAAACGGAGAACACGAUUCUGUCGAAGAUGCAAGGGCUUGUCUUGAAUUGACGAAAUUAAAAAUCUUAAAUGGGUUAGCAUUUGGGAUAGGUAUCAAUACGGAGAACUUGUUCACCAAAUUACAUCGUUUUGAAGUGAAAACCGUUCUUCUCAACGAUAUGAUUAUUAAAAAUCAUACUGAGGACGAUUCUAAGGGCCAGUUAAUCCGUUGCGUCGAAGAUGAUGAGACAUGGACCCAUAUUCACGAGAAUCUAAAUAAAGAUGUCAAACUUAUUGUGGGGAGAAUCAAGAACUUAGAGAGGUCACGCAACUAUAAUAAAAAGCCACGGAAGGAAACUCCUUCGUUCGAUGCGUCCAUGGUUCUUCAUGAUAUAGGGCAACAUCUAACACAAUUAUACGAGAAUGCUACACCAGGUACUAUGAUUUUGAUCAUGUCGGGUACAGGCGACACAAGACCAUGGAACAAUCUUUCAACUGAGUUAGAGUUUAUUCAAGACAAAAAGGAAAGAUUAGAUAAAAGACGCGAAAGGGAACCUGAAAUAGUAGAAGCCAUAAAGUUAGCCCGGGGUGGUGUAGCAUCCUUUACUGUAAAAUAA